AUGAUAUCAAUCGAGGAUAUACAGGAAAAGGCAUUGAAACCUCAUCAGAUGCAUAGACAGUUGUCUAUUCGUGAAACUGAGAUGAUUUCCUUGGGAUUACUAGAAAUGCUUUGUGAUUCAGAUUGUCAAGAUGAAAAAACGUUAAAGUAUUUAGCCAAGUUCUUAACUCCUGAACUGUAUGAGGACCUGAUUGAUGAAAGAAAUUUAAAUAAGAAGUGUGGUUACCCAUUAUGUGAUAGAGCUCCAGAGAGAAUACGUGAUCCAUUCUCGAUAGAUAUUAAUACUAGAAAAUUUUUAUGGGAGAAUAAUCCAUACGCAUAUUUAUCAACUUAUUGUAGUAAAUUGCAUUUUAAAUGUUCCCAAUUUUAUCAAAUGCAAUUGUCAGAGGAUGCUCUCUUUAGCAGAACUGGCAUUCAUUUGUAUACUACAACUUCGGGUUCUAAUCCAGGAAUCCCGGAUGACAGUAAAUAUCACGUCACUUUAUUUGAAGAAUUAUUAAGAGAGAAAGCUUCUGAAGAUGAUAUAAAGAAACUAAUUGCAAGUAUGAGAGGGUUGGAUAUUCAAAACAAGGCAGAUGAUUCAGAAUUAGAUGAAGAGUUGUCAAAGUGGUUAGGAGAUAUAACUAUUGUCGAAAAUCCAAAUCCUAGUGAAUUGGGUGACUUAGUUAGAGAAGAUUAA